AUGGCGCCUGGCCAGUACUCCAUGGAUGCCAAGCAGCACACGAUGUCCCCUGUGGUGACGGGUGCGACAGUGAUCGGCAUGAAGUACAAAGACGGAGUCAUUCUGGCGGCAGACACGCUAGCGUCGUAUGGCAACGAAGCUCGAUACAAAGAUGUGUGCCGAUUGAAGAAGAUUGGUGAAUACACCUUGCUAGGUGCUGGUGGGGAGAUCAGUGAUUUCCAAUACUUGAGCAACCUUCUGGAUGAGCUGGCUGAUGAGGACUGGUUGCACGAGGACGGCUGCUCAAUGGGUCCGAAGGAGUAUUCUUCCUACAUUGGCCGCGUUAUGUACAAUCGGAGAAGCAAGUUCAAUCCCUUAUACAAUCAAUUCGUGGUGGUGGGGAAGAAGCAGGAUCAGGCCCCACACUUGAUGUACGUGGACCAUCAAGGAACUGCUUUCGAGGAGGACUUUGUGGCAACAGGAUUUGGAAUGCAUCUGGGAAUACCCCUUCUCCGCAACAACUGGCGACCUGAUAUGAGCCUAGACGAGGCCAAGGCUUUAGUGACCAAAUGUCUGGAGGUUUGCUUCUAUCGCGAUUGCAAGGCAUACUGCAAAAUUCAGAUCGGCGUUUGCACGGGCACCACGGUUGAAAUCAGCCCUCCAACAACCAUCAAUCAUUUCUGGGGACACGGAGCAUGGACGGAACGUCGCCUGGAGGAGACAAGUGAUUCCACAGGAACGUGGUGA